AUGUACGUGAGCUAUCUUCUGGAUAAAGACGUGAGCAUGUACCCAGGGUCCGUUCGGCAUUCUGGCAUCAACCUGGGCGCUCAGAAUUUCGUCAACCCACCACAGUACACGGACUAUGCUGGUUAUCAUGUACCCGGCGUAAACUUGGACAAUCACCCUCAAUCUUCAGGAUCCUGGCCUUCACCUUAUGGGCCUCCCCGGGACGACUGGAGUGCGUACGCAGCACCUACAAGCACGGUCCACGCUAUCAACACCUCACCAGGGACUCUGUCUUACAACCCUGCAGAUUAUAACUCCGUUCAGACCCCGGGAUCUGGUGUGAUACAGCCUUUAAACAAUAAUCUUUUGGAACAGCAUUCCCCCAAUAGCCAAAGGCGCAACCCUUACCAAUGGAUGAGGAAGCCAAGCCAGCAGCUGACAGCAACAGAUAAAACGAGAACAAAGGACAAAUAUCGGGUGGUGUACACAGAUCACCAGAGACUGGAACUGGAGAAAGAGUUCCACUACAGCCGCUACAUCACCAUUCGGCGAAAAGCCGAGCUGGCUGCCAACCUGGGACUUUCCGAGAGGCAGGUGAAGAUCUGGUUUCAGAACAGGAGGGCAAAGGAGCGAAAAAUGACGAAGAAGAAGUUACAACAGCAGUCUCAACAGGCGUCGGCCCAGCUAAGCCCGGUUCCUCCCGGGACAGCCGGUUCUCUGUCGGUUACCAACGGCGGAGUAAUGGGGGCCGCCAGCAGUGCGGUUUUACCUGGCACCGUCUCUCAGUGA